AAAUGGUUUGCAAUUUAGCAUGUACCAGGUUCGGUGGUAGGUAGCAGGCGCGGCCAGUGCAGUGUUUGCGCGGCGCCGCUUGCUGCUCCUAGCUUCCGGCUUCAAUCCUUCUGUUCUAAGCUCAAUAACUGAAGAAACGUGCGGGGUAUUGUGACGGAUUCAACGUCCUUUCUGUGUAGCUUACUGCGAUCAUAACGAACUGCUUCGUAAAAGAAUCUGUCAUUUGUGUUGAAACUGGUAGUAGUAGGCCAGAGCUGUCUGAGAUAAUGCAAGCAAAUAUGCAGGAAUUCAGACUGAGGUUGUUUGGCAUUUCUCACUAUGCGACCAUAACUUCUUACCACUAAGAGAGCGUCCAUGUGCAGAAUACAUUUGUGAGAAGAUUCAUAGUAACAGGACAGUGGCUAAUUGUUUGUAUAGCAACUUAUAGCUCUGGAUAUUUCUGCAAUAGUAGGACUUGGCUAAACUGAGCAUUCUAAGCUGUGUAGUAAACUAGUAACGAGCCUUCUGUAAAUAUAUAUUUGUUUGGUGCUUGUCACCUUGUAGUCCACUGAUUUGAUAUACUGUUUCACAAUUAAAUAUAUUGGAGUGCAGGAUCACAUGACCUUUGGUUGGGGGUUAUUAUUUCAGUUACUCAUAGAAUGUUUCAUAAUCAUGGGUGCACAUAUCUUUCAAUUGUCAAGCAUAUAUAUAUAUAACUCUUAUGCAAUAUAUGCUUGUACCUACUCGCACACUCACAGCAUGCUUCUUUGUCUUUUGGAACUUCUUCAAUUUCCGGAAGCAAGCUUUGGAGUCUGCACAUCGAUGGGCAUUUGGAAAGAGAAUUGGUACAUAUAACAGUCGGAGAGGAUGGGUUACGGGAUGAGUAGGCUACAUGAGGCAUACAGUGAACAUGAAGGGGAGAAUACUGAUGGAUCUAGUGCAGUCGAAGUGAAAAAUGAAUUCUCAAAAUUACAUAAUGAUAUUUUCCAGUUGACCCGACUAAGAUCAGGACCUAGUGAAAGCGUCUGCAAGUCCAGGGAUACAGCUUCAAUAACUAGGUUAUUACGUGGAAGGGAAGUUAACUCUUCAGGAAAUGGGAAGUUCUCUUCAGCUGAUCGUGCAUUUGCUCUUGGUCAUUAUCUUCCGGUGGAUGGUCCUGAAAUAGUGGACAGAAUGGAUUCCCGAGCUUAUGUCUCACAGUUUUCUGCCGAUGGUUCUCUUUUUGUUGCUGGUUUUCAGGGAAGCGACAUAAGAAUAUAUGAUGUCGAUAAAGAUUGGGAAGUGCACAAAGAUAUUCAUGCUAGAAGUUUGAGAUGGACCAUUAGUGAUGUAUCGUUAUCACCUGAUCAACGGUUUCUUGUCUACUCUAGCCUGGCACCUAUUAUCCAUAUUGUCAAUAUCGGGACUGCUUCAAGAGAAUCAUAUGCUAAUGUCACUGACAUCCAUGACGGAUUAGAUUUUUCCCAGCAUGAAGAUGUUAGAUAUUCGUUUGGAAUGUUUUCUGUUAAGUUCUCCACUGAUGGCCGAGAGCUUGUCGCUGGCAGUAACGAUGAUUCAAUAUAUGUCUAUGACCUUCAGGCGGACAAACUGACAUUGCGUUUACCCGCUCAUACAUCUGAUGUCAACACAGUAGCAUUCGCUGAUGAAAGUGGUAAUCUCAUUUAUUCUGGAAGCGAUGAUAAUUUGUGCAAGGUCUGGGACAGACGUUGUUUGUCCUCAGGGGAAGCUGCUGGAGUUUUGACUGGACAUUUGCAUGGCAUUACUCAUAUUGACAGCCGUGGAGAUGGUCGAUGUUUCAUAUCAAAUGGAAAAGAUCAAGCUAUUAAGAUGUGGGACAUUAGGAAAAUGACAUCCAAUGUUGAUGGUUCUGAAAACAGAGUCCCUGCUUGGGACUACAGAUAUUCAAGAUAUCCACAACAGAAGCAGCAAAAGCAUCCACAUGAUCAGUCAUUAGCUACAUACCGGGGCCAUUCAGUUCUCCGCACAUUAAUCCGUUGCUACUUUUCUCCCACGUACAGCACGGGACAAAAGUACAUAUACACAGGAUCUUACGAUGCUAGUGUCUGCAUCUAUGACGUGGUAUGUUUCUAUUCAACAAUCAUGAUAAAUCUAUGACGUGGUAAGUGGAUCACAAGUCGCCAAACUGCAAGGAUAUCAUCACCUGGCAGUUCGCGACUGCAGCUGGCAUCCAUCUGAUCCAUUGCUUGUCAGUUCAUCCUGGGACGGGCGGAUUGCCAAAUGGUCCAGAGCUUGUUCACAGC